AUGGAGCCAAAGCUCCCCCGAGGUCUUGUGGCCAUGCCAAAUGUGUUGCCUAGCGAGAUCUUGGAGCGGGAUACAUUAAGCAACGGUGUUUACAAGAACCUUUGGCAAGCCUACUCGACCUCGCACCAGGCUAGCAAAGAUGAGACCGAACGUCGCCUAGAACAUCUCUUCUGGAGGAUAUGGGGUGCUAAACAACUCUCCAGCCGCAUGAAUACUCAUACGCUAGACCGUCUUAUCCUACGCAUCAACGCAUCGGCAGUAUUAGCCGGACAAAGGGUGACUGUCCUACAGUUGCCUGGAACUGGCGACAAAGAGGAAAAGCCCAUCAAUAAGAAUCAGCCAAGCUACUCUGCCGUAGCCUGUUCUCCUCACUCAAUAUUGAAAAAGCCGCGGCCUUCACAGGUUGAAACACAAAAAGCAACUCGGUUGCUCCUUGACACUUCCGGUACAAAAAUAACACUCGACCCAUCCGACUCUCCAACCGCAGACAUGGCUGCUGAGCCCACCCCAAGUCCAGGUAAUGUGGGCCAUCAGCGUCGCAAGAAGACCUCGAUGGAUGCAGAGUCCCCACUCGUGCCAGAGAAGGUUGGAAACCAGGGUUCCAGGAAGAUAUCCGUUUCUACCGAGUCCACCGCCAUUCCAGAGAACGUGGGCCAGCAAGGUCCCAAGAAGACCUACCUUAGUGCGACACGCACUGGGCGAGGGCCACGCCGCCGUCCAGUCUUCAACCGCCGCAAGUCCUCACAGACAUCCAUCCCGAAAGCUGUACCUCCCACACGCCGGCGCUCGGAGCCCACCACCAAGGCCGAUGGAGCCGACACCCUCUACGAAGACAGCUACGUUGAGCUGGGUCUAUUGCAGCACCUCAGCUUCCGCGACGAGGAGGACCAAAUCGCGCGUGAUCUGGGGCAUGAAAUUGCGCCUGAGCCGAAGCCGGUCAAGCCGUUUAUUCCACGAUUCGACGAUGAGUUCCUCGGCGAGUCGACCGCCAUCGAGGUCGCGAAAGCAGCACCAAAGACGUCUCCUCGUCCAUUUCCCCGAGCCUCUUCCCUCCGGCACCCGAUGUUGAGCCCUGAGGACUUCUGCAAGAUUACCCCGUCGUUUGCCGUUAUGGAGGGCCAUCUCGACAUGCCUGGUGGGCCGCAGCUUGCUGCCCCUGAUGAUGUUGAGGGGGACUGGACGGAUAUCGAUGCUCUUGAUUCGACACUUCCUGUUCUGCAGCCUUUCAAGAAAUUGGUCUCGCACCAUGAGAAUGUUGACCAAGAACUUCCGGCUGUACGACCCGCCGUUGUCCCCGUCGUCGAAGAGGCUUCGUUGCUGUCAUCUGCGAUGAAGGGAGUGAGAUUGUGA